UAUCCUCACGUAAAAGAAAAAAUAUAUGCUGUGUGUAAAUGGCGAUAAAACUGUGUGAGAGCGCACACGCAUAUAUAGUGUUUUGAUACAGACAUGAGAACUGUUUUUGUACGCAGAAAUAAUGGAAGAAGAAAACAAGCAAUCUCCUCUUAUACCACCAUUGCCCAGAGAUCCAAGAGGUUCACUAGAAGUUUUCAAUCCUUCAACUUACUCUUCCCAAUCAACAAAUCCAGUUUUCCGAUCACAACCUUCAUGGAAAAAUUGGACCGCCGCCGAGCACAUUACUAGUACCAUCCAUGAAACAGAGGAAAAACCAGAGCAAAUCGCAAUUCCUAAAUUGAGUAACGAAAAUGAAGAAAUCGCGACUUCAUGGAUGGCAAUUUCUCCGGCGUCAGCGAAAUUGACUUCUCCGAGUAGUCAGAAAUCAAUUACCGGCGGAGAGAAGGUUUCUUCUUCGACAGCGAAAGCGGCGGAUGAAGUUGGUGCUGCUGCUCAGAGAGCCGCGGAGUGGGGACUGGUGUUGAAAACUGAUGAUGAGACUGGGAAAUUGCAAGGUGUUAAAGUUAGAAAUUCCGGAGAUGAUCUGAAUCGUAAAACAGAGACUUCCAGAAGAGAUUCCGGCAACUCUUGUCGGAGUUCCGGCGAUUUUUCUGAUGAUGGAGCUGUAAAUACAGGUAAAGAGAGGGGAAUUCCAAGGGUUUCAGAGGAUUUAAGAGAUGCCUUAUCAACAUUUCAACAGACAUUUGUGGUAUCGGAUGCAACCAAACCCGAUUACCCGAUUCUGUAUGCAAGUGCCGGAUUUUUCAAGAUGACGGGUUAUACAUCAAAGGAGGUUAUUGGCAGGAACUGUCGGUUCAUGCAGGGUUCGGAUACGGAUCCUGAGGAUGUGGCGAAGAUCCGAGAAGCAUUGCAAUCGGGUUCGACUUAUUGUGGAAGAUUAUUGAAUUACAAGAAGGAUGGGACCCCCUUUUGGAAUCUCCUCACCAUUGCACCUAUCAAAGAUGAUGCUGGCAAAGUUCUCAAAUUCAUUGGAAUGCAAGUGGAGGUAAGCAAACAUACAGAAGGCUCCAAGGAAAAGACGGUCCGACCCAACGGCCUUCCCGAAUCAUUGAUACGCUAUGAUGUACGUCAGAAGGAGAUGGCUAGUAAUUCAGUGAACGAGUUAUUGGAAGAAAUAAAAAGGCCAAGUAGGGCAAGAGCACUUAGUGAAUCGACAAAUAAUCGACCAACUUUCAUGAGAACGUCAGAAGGAGAUCAAGUCGAACCAGACAGAAAGGAUAAACUAAAUUUAGUGAACAAAGCACCAGCAAGAAGACAUUCCCAUGCUGGUACUAGAACCACCACCAUGAAGAUGGAGAAAAUUAAUGAAGUCCCUGAAAAGAAAUCUAAAAAAUCUGCUCGUCUAUCUUUCAUGGGGAUUAUGAAGAAAAAUCGUUCUAGUACUACCAUGGCUACUGAUGAUGAUGAUUUUGAGGCAAGGAUGACUAUGGAUAACGACGACGAUGACGAUGAGAGCGACAACGAUGGACGACCAGUUAGUGUUGAUGACAAAGUGAGGAAGAAGGAAAUGAGGAAAGGUAUUGAUUUAGCAACGACUCUAGAACGUAUCGAAAAGAACUUUGUCAUUACUGAUCCAAGGCUGCCUGAUAAUCCUAUUAUAUUUGCAUCGGAUAGUUUCUUGGAGCUGACCGAGUACAGCCGUGAAGAAAUCUUGGGAAGAAACUGCAGGUUUCUACAAGGUCCUGAAACUGAUCCAGCUACUGUGAGGAAAAUCAGACAGGCAAUUGAUAAUCAAACUGAUGUCACUGUCCAGCUCAUUAACUACACUAAGACUGGCAAAAAGUUCUGGAACUUGUUCCACCUGCAGCCUAUGCGUGAUCAGAAGGGAGAGGUACAGUACUUCAUUGGAGUUCAACUAGAUGGAAGUCAGCAUGUAGAGCCACUUCAGAACAGUAUCCCCGAAGAAAAAGCAACAGAAAGCGCAAUACUGGUGAAAGAAACUGCUGGAAACGUUGAUGAAGCAGUUCGAGAGCUUCCAGAUGCCAAUUCGAAACCAGAGGAUUUGUGGAGAAAUCAUUCAAAAGUUGUUCAGCCAAAGCCUCACAGGAAGGGGAGCCCAUCUUGGAAAGCAAUACAAAAGAUCAUGGAGAGUGGAGAACCGAUAGGCUUGAAGCAUUUUAAGCCAAUUAAACCACUGGGAUCGGGCGAUACUGGCAGUGUGCAUUUGGUGGAGCUUUGCGGAACUGACCAGCAUUUUGCUAUGAAGGCAAUGGAUAAGAGUAUAAUGCUUAACCGAAACAAGGUGCAUAGAGCUUGUGCAGAACGAGAAAUCCUAGAUAUGUUGGACCACCCUUUUCUUCCUGCACUUUAUGCAUCUUUUCAGACCAAAACCCAUAUCUGUCUAAUAACUGAUUACUACCCUGGUGGAGAGCUGUUCAUGCUUCUAGAUAGACAACAAACAAAGGUGUUGAAGGAAGAUGCUGCAAGGUUCUAUGCCGCUGAAGUAGUGGUAGCCUUGGAGUACCUUCACUGUCAAGGUAUAAUUUAUAGGGAUUUGAAGCCGGAAAACGUCUUGCUACAGAGUGGUGGACAUGUAUCUUUGACGGAUUUUGAUCUUUCCUGUUUGACAUCUUGCAAGCCACAGCUUUUAGUUCCAGAAGUCAACGAAAAGAAGAAGCAUCAAAAAGGCCAACAGAAUCCGAUCUUCAUGGCUGAACCUAUGCGUGCAUCAAAUUCUUUUGUCGGAACUGAAGAAUACAUAGCUCCGGAGAUCAUAACUGGAGCAGGGCACACUAGUGCAGUGGAUUGGUGGGCUCUUGGCAUUCUUUUGUAUGAAAUGUUGUGUGGUUAUACACCAUUCAGGGGAAAGACUAGGCAAAAGACAUUCUCAAAUAUACUACAUAAGGAUUUAAAAUUCCCAGGAAGCAUACAGGCUAGUCUCCACGCGAAGCAGUUAAUGUAUAGAUUGUUGCACAGAGAUCCCAAAAACAGGUUAGGAUCUCGCGAAGGAGCAAACGAAAUCAAGCAGCAUCCGUUCUUCCGGGGUGUGAAUUGGGCAUUAAUUCGUUGCAUGAACCCUCCCAAACUAGAUGAUGCUCCUUUUUUGGGAACUGAAGCUGAGAAAGAAGGAAAAGCCAUCAACCCUGAGAUGGAGGAUUUACAAACAAAUGUUUUCUAAGAGAAAUGAGAAUAUUUAUAAUCCAAUCAAAUCAAGUGCAUGAGUGGAGAAAAGUGGUCUUCAGACCCUCCCUGCUACAGUUAAUUACUUUGUUCGUUUUGUAAAGAAAAUGAUGGUUUUUCAUUUGUUUUUUUUCGUUUGAUGGUUUGUGUUUUUCUUUUUAUGCAUAGUUUGGUUGUUUUGUAAUUCUUAGUUCAUGAAUUCCUCAGUAGAUGUUGAGAUAAAUUAAUUUGUUAAAGCUAAUUUUCUUUAUUUAACUCAUUAUUUAUUGCAUUCACUGUCA